GGUUUUGCCAGUUUGAGGUUUGAGUUCAUUAUUGAUGUUUCAGUUCCUCUAACAUUCACACACACACACACAGGGUAGUCACGAUGGCUUCUGAGUGUGUAGUGAGCGGUAAUAAUUCAGAGUUUGAGCUCAGGAGAAAAUUAAAAUAUUUCUUUAUGAGUCCGUGUGAGAAAUAUCGCACUCGAGGACGCAAACCAUGGAAACUCACAUUACAGCUCAUCAAAAUCGCCAUUAUCACCGCCCAGUUUGCGUGGUUUGGACUCAGUAAUGAAAUGACCGUUAUCUUCAGAGAGGAAAACCUCACUUCCUUUAAACAUCUUUUCCUGAAAAAUUAUCAGGAGCGAAAAGGCAUUUAUGCAGUUUACACGAAACAGGAAGUCCACGAACACAUCAACUAUAUCAUCAUGAGGUAUCUGACCCUGCAGAGUGUGACCGUGGGGAAUCAUGCAUUUCAGAGGGUCAACGGCACUGACACGCCCCUCACUCUCUGCCAGCGAUUUUACACACCAAAAAAAAUCUCACCUGAAAAUGAGACCUUUAGCAUCAGUCCAAAUGUGCAGACAGAGUGUGUUUAUAUUUAUUCCACAAAGCCAUUCAACAUCACAGACUUUGUUCUGGAUUUUAAAAGACUUUUAUCUCUGGAUGUCCACAUGAAGAUUAAGGCCAUUAAUCUGCAGACUGUUCGCCAUGAUGAAUUACCCGAUUGCUAUAACUUCAGUGUCACGGUGGUGUUUGAUAACAGUGCUCACAGCGGCCGGAUUAAAGUGUCUCUGCACAGCAGAGCUCACGUCAGUGUGUGUGCACAUGCAAAUGUCUCCGGAUCCAAUGCAGUGAGUCACUUCCUGUUGAUGGUGCUGUUUGAUUCGCUGGUCAUUGUCGUGUGUUUGCUCUCUCUGGCACUCUGCACACGCUCAGUAAGCGCCGGCAUGCGCCUCGUCACUGAGUAUGCUGAAUUCGUAAGUGUUAAACGAGGGAAGUCGUUAUCAUCAGCCGAGAAAAUGGAGAUCAUUAAUGGCUGGAACAUUUUAAUCAUCAUCAGUGACACCCUCACAGUUACUGCAUCAUUACUGAAGAUCUGCAUACUGAGCAAGGAGCUGUCUAAUUACACUGUAUGCAGUAUUCUUUUGGGGACGGCAACUCUGUCGGCGUGGAUUGGAGUUCUACGUUACCUCGGAUUUUUUCAGAAGUAUAACAUCCUGAUCCUCACCAUGAGGGCAGCGUUACCCAGUGCUCUGCGGUUCUCGCUCUGUGCAGUGAUGAUUUAUAUCAGCUACUGUUUCUGUGGAUGGAUUGUUCUCGGACCUCACCAUGAGAACUUCCGGUCUUUCCACACAGCAGCGUACUGUUUACUGUCCAUGAUUAAUGGAGAUGAGAUCUACUCUACCUUCACCAAGCUGAGGGAGAGAAGCACCCUGGUGUGGAUCUUCAGCAGAUUCUACAUCUACAGCUUUGUCUCCAUCUUCACCUACAUGGUGCUGAGCCUUUUCAUUGCCAUCAUCACAGACACCUACGAACUCAUCAAGAAGCAGCAGCAGGAUGGAGAGGUGUUCUCUGAUCUGCAGAAGUUUAUAGCUGAGUACAGAGAUGCACCAGCACCGGGGACAGACACAGACGCUCAUGCUAAAUAAUUCUAAUUAAAUUGAUGUUAAUUACUGCAGUGUGCUUCAGUACAGGUGUAGAUGUAGUAAAAGUUAACCAUAGGACAAAAUAGUUUCAAGAGAAGCAGGACAUUUUACCUCCUACAGCCUCAGAAGCACAUUGCUUGCACUCCUGAUGAAGGACUUGUGUGUGUGCAUGUGUGUGUGUUUUGCGAAAGGCUAAAUGCUGGGUUAAAAAUACACUUCUUCACUGUGGCUUUCGAGUCGGCUGAUUAGACUGUACUUUUUACGUUACCUCUUCUAUUUAAUUAAUUUGUUUAUUUACUUCUCUCUGUGUGUCUGUAUCUUAACUGCAUAGUUUCAUCUUUGAGCUGCUUCUUUUUGUCCUUAGACUUUUAGAUAGUUCGUGUAACACAUUGGUCAAAAGUUGUUUUAAAAUGUGCUUUAUAAAUAGUUUCCUUCAUUCAAAUUGUGUUUACUGUAUUAAUGAAAAAUAUAAAAGUCCUCAUACUUGACUGAGUAACAGUGCAGUGCGUUGUGGGUAUUCUGUACCUAAUAGGCUUACAGGAGCCUGCUGCAGUGCAUUGUGGGUAUUCUGUACCUAAUAGGCUUACAGGAGCCUGCUGCAGUGCAUUGUGGGUAUUCUGUUGUUAUUUUUCUCUUGUUUAAAUUGAGGUAGGAAUCAUUUCUGAUUUAUUUUUUAUAGACGAGACGAUGAUUUUGUUCUUUAAGGAUAACAUUAAUACUAUACACUACAUUAUCUCUUAGUAAGCUUCACUCGGCGAACAGUUUUAUCAGAAUGCUCAAAAGUUUACACCCCUUUCAACUGCUCUGUUCAUGUUUGACUUUACAGAAGAAACUGAUGCAGAAAAAUAAAGUGGAAUAAAAUUCCUCCUUUACAUCA